AUGACAGAAGAAUCCCUCGAAGAGAGAGGUGGAGGAAGCGGCGGUACAGAAAUUAGCAGUUCAACUGUUGAAUUUUUGCGUUCCGUUUCCCAAACAUUACGAAAUUUGGACGAUGCCAUUAAGCAUUCGAUUGAACAAUUAAGAAUUUUUAACAAUGAAACAAUGACAGAUUUAACAUUGAAAUUUGAACAAAUGAGACAUAAUGAAAGUCGUGUGAUAGGAUUAUUUGCACAUCAAAUUUUACUAUUAAGAAAAGAUGGUCAAAAUGGUGGAUUUAAUGGUGAAUACCCAAAGUUAGAUCGUUUUCUGACCGCAAUUGGUCUUAGUGAAAAAUCAAUUGAAUAUAUUGUGCGACGCACAACAUUCGAAGAUUUGAUCAAUAAUUCAUCACGUGAAAAAUUACUGUAUGACGCUCAAACAAACGAAACUGAAAGAAAAGAUUUUAAGAAUGCCCUACAAGCAUUGAAAGACUGCAUAAAAUAUUUUUCUCAAGGAGGCGGAAGAAAUGACGAUGGACGCUUUUUUUGGCACACUGAAAAACCGCCAUCGCCGCCAGUACCUUGCUCAUCGAUACUCCAUUCUGUUCGUCAACAUCGUUCAUCAGAUACCGCCUUACCAUUACCACCAAAUACUGAUACAAUUCGAUCAAAUUCUGUCUCAUCUAUAUCAACAGAAUUUGGUAAUAUAGCAAUCAAUCAGUCAUCCUCAUCCCCACACGUCCGACGUAAAGGAGCAUCAAAUAUAAACACUCCACCACCAUCUCGUUCAAAUCAUUUAUGUGUUAAAGAUAAAGGCAAAUGUGAACAUCCAAGUAAAAAAAGUUCUGUUGAUCCUACAGUAUUUAUGGGAAAUUAUGACCUUCAAUUACCAGAUGGUGCACCCUCAAGAAGAAGUUCUUACGGUUCAGAUACAGACAGUCGUCUGCCAUCAGGAUCAGCCACACCAAAAUCUCCCACAAUACGUUCGCCAACCAUGAGUGGAUCACCGUCAGCAUCGGCACAAAAUAGUGAUACGGAAUAUGAUUCCAGGCCACCAGAAUUACCGAUGUACAAUACUCGUUCACCUAUAACUGGCCAUAGAAUGGCUCAUAAAAUUCAACACAAAUACAAAUGUCAUAAAGAAUGUGUACAACAUGCUCCGCCUAAUUGUGGUUUGAAUGAAAUGAAACUAAGACGUGUUUUUGAUAAUUCAGAAAUACAAAAUGCACUUGCUAAUUCAAGUCCAUAUACUCCGUCGGACAGUACCAGUCCAACCUCAUCAACCCCUAUGUCGGCGCCUGGUAGUCCCGCACCAAAUCCAACGUCACCCUAUUAUAAUUUUAAUACAAAUCCACCGAUUUGUGUCAGUGAAUCAAUCUAUUGUACUCAAAAUGAUCCCGAUAGCUGGGUUGUUAUUGAAACAAGUAAAACUGUUCAAGAAUUUCCCGAAUCACAGUCUGAUAGUGACACAAGUUCUACAGCUCUAACAGAUACAUUAGGAAAAGUUGUUUCUACUCUAACAAAUGGAUUGGAAACGACCGUUUUACAACCACAACACAUUGAACCACAUCAUCCGAAUCGUGAUGAUUUAUUAAAAGCAAACCUUUUUGUUAAUUCAUUUGAUGAUGAAGAACCUGAUCCAGAAAAACGAAGCAUUAAUCUUGAAACAUCGUUACAAGAUUGGGUCAUCAUUUUUAAACAUAUUAAAAUAAUUGAAGAAGUUAAACGAUCAUCUGGCACACUACUCAAAGCUAACUGGCAUGGUGAAUGUGCUGUUCGAACAAUCAAACUUGAUACUAGUUUACCUGAAGUUGAAUUUCUUAAUCGUUUCAAAACUCAAGUAUUUCGUUUGAGAAAAGUACGCCAUGAACAUCUUAAUCUAUUUACAGGUGUAUGUAUUGAAAUACCUAACCUUGCACUAGCAUCAAAUUGGAUACGUGGAACGAACCUUUAUGAUAUGAUACAUAUACGAAAUGAUAAUAUACCAUUAAACUUAGCUGUACAAUAUGCAGGACAAAUAGCACAAGCAAUGAGUUAUCUACAUGAAAAAUCAAUUAACCACAUGUCAUUACGAACAACAAAUAUUUUUGUUCAAAAUAAUCGUAUCGUUUUAACCGAUUACGGUCUUGUACCGUUAAGUAAAUGUUACAAAUUUCUUAAAGAAAGUAAUGAACUUAUUAUUGCGCCAAGAGGAUGGCUCAGCUAUUUAGCACCAGAAAUAUUGAGAAAACUUGAUCCAAGAGAUGAAAAUUCAUUACUUCACCAUACACAAAAAACGGAUGUUUAUGCUUUUGGUACUGUGUGGUAUGAAUUACUAUUUCGUGAAUUUCCAUUUGCGAAACAACCACCAGAAUACAUCAUAUGGAGAGCUGGCAAUUCCCUCAAACAACCAUUAUCAAGCGUACAUAUCACAAAAAAUGCUAAAGAUAUUGUACAUCAAUGUUGGUCUUACUUGCCGGUUGAUCGUCCCGAUUUUUCAAGUCUAAAUAAAACAUUAACAAAAUUACCCGGUAAACGAACUUUAGUUCGAAGUCCAUCAACUCCAUUACAAUCUCAAGGCAGACAAGACAAUCAUAUAUAA